AUGGUCGUACAAAGAACACCGCCUCCGGUGCGUCGAUCGCCCCGCAAAGACCCUUCCGCUUCAGAGGCUUCGUUCUCUUCCUUCAGCUCACAGACGUCACAAGCUAGGAAGAUCGGAAAGCUAGCCUCCUCUUCAGCCGCGUCACAAAUCGAGCCAUCCACGCCCGUGCAAUCGGCGGCCCUCUCCGACUUCCCCAGCCUGGACCAGAUGGCAGCCGUGUCCAAGGAGCAGCGCUCCGCAUCACGUCCCGCCAACCGAGCUGCCUUUGCUGCCGCCUUCCCUGCUUCUGGUUCCGCUCACAUUCCAAGCUCGCUUCCAAGACCUACAGCUCAAGUCAACCGAGGUCCGUCCAACGACGGAGAUGAAAACCGGCGUCAACGUCCUGCACGUAGCUCUCUGACUAACGGUGCUAUUCAGCGAGCACGUCAGCAAGCCGGAGACGAGACCCCGCUUGGUGUCUCUCAGGCAAGGGCUGCACGUCAAGCAGCUGUGGGCGCACCGUCCAAAGCAAACAGCUCGUUGCUUGCCGAUGAUAGCGGCGACUCAACGGCUCAGCUCGUACCCGGACGUCGUGACGCUGCUACAAACCCCAUGCUCGCUAACAUCGAUGUCGAGAAUCCGCAACUACCCAGCCUCUCCCAGCCCGUAUCAACCACAGCCUCGACAACACAAGUAGCUCAAACCAACGGAGCGCACGCUGCUGCUGGCAUGUCUACGUCAUCGCAAGCCUCGAUCUUCGGUACUAGCAAGCGACGCAAUGGCGCAGAUCAACCCAUCAGUGGAGCAAGCGCCGGUACAGCGUAUGACUUCAGCAAAUACCUCAAUGGCGAGCUUGACCCCUUCAACCGUGCAUCUCGUGCUAACCCGCGCCGAGAGUCGCGUCCAUUGCCGGCGCAACAGAUGCCUGUCGACGAUGUCGACGAAGCAGAGACAUCCGCAGAUACCACUGCACGAGGAGGACCCGCCGAUCCAUUCAACACCGUGCCAUUCACUGCUCCAGUAGAAUCAACACCCCUCAUCAGUCGAGUCAAGGCUGCGGCAGCCGCAACGCCCCGUAUGAGCCCACACGCCAGCCCCAGCGUGUCCAGCCGUAAGUUUGCUCAUCUUUCGUCGCUGUCCAAUGGUCACACCACGUCUAUCGCCGGGAAGGUAGCUCAAUCUGCAGCUGGAGAUGCAUCCACAGCGUCACUAGCAUCGCACAAUCGUUUUGACCCUUCCGCGCGCACCGACCGCAUACAGACGAUGGAACUUGGCGAGCUGCGCAAAAGGCAUACCGCCCUCGUGCGCGAAUUGGUUGCGGCGGAAGAUGCUCUCGCAUCAGCCAAGGAGGAGUCGGAAGGCUGGGCGUCCGAAUGCACUGGCCUGCAGGAGCAGCUGACCACACUCAAGAGCAAUCACCAGAUUGCUUUGGGUCGCGAGGCUAGAGCACGAUCUGAACUGCAGGUGAGGCUCAGCCAGUACAAGAUCGAAGCCGACGAACGCGCGUGGAAGCUGCUUGGACAACGUCGUCAAGCGUGUCUCAUUGAUGUUGCUCUUCAACACGCCAAGAACGAGGCAACAUAUCACGAAGGAAGAUACCAUGCAACCGAGUCGGAGCUGGAAGGACAAAAGGACGAGCUGCGACUUCGUCUCAUGCUCGAACGGAAGCGUGCUGACCUGCUCGCUUUGCACGUCAAAGCGGCGCUGCGGGAUGGUGCUCGCCUCAAAAGGAGACUCAUUGCCAAGACUUCAGCGCUCGACGAGCUGCAGAGGGAGAACGAAAAGCUGGCCGAGCAGCUGGAAGACGCCCGUGGCUCUCGACAUGCAGGUGGCAAGGACCAAGUGGCUGCGCUCCGACAAAAGCUAGAGGAGGCUCAGGCUGAAAUUGAGACCUUGAACGAACGUGAUGCUAUGAUGGCUGAGACGCGGAAGAAAUGGAAGGCCGAACGCAAGCAGUUAUUGGCACAGGUCGAGGAGCUCUCCUCUGCACCGGCACCGGCGGCCGUCCACAAGAUACAGCAGCCAAUGGAAGUGGCAAGGACAGCCAAACUAUCAAAGCCCCUCGUUGCAUCACAGAUGUUGCCACCAUCGUCACCUGUUUACGCAAAGAAGAAGAGCCGGCAGCCAAUGCAAGGUGCAUCCGAGCUUGGGCCUCCGUCGGAAGACUAUGAUGAUGGAGGUGUCGGCAACGCUCUUGCAGCUCGUAAAACAACUACAGCAAAGACCACUCUGCCGCUUGUGCCCUUUGCUCACAUGUCGUCAAAGACUGCUCCUGUCAAGAAGGCCGAGAAGCCUGUCAAAGCUGCGAAGGCAAAGGCCAGCAAGGACUGGAGAGCAAUCACGGACUCUUCUGAGGAGGGUUCGGAUGACGGUCAAGAUCGUCGUCGUCGGGGGCGCCGGGCAGGGGCCGACUCGGACAGCGAACAGGACUCAGACGAUGGCCGGAGAGCCAAGACUAAAUCGUCCAAGCAGAAGAGCAGCGCCAAGCAAGCGAGCGCCCUACGCACGAAGGUCAGCCAAGCAAAAAAGGCCAAGGCAGCGCCGGCGAUCGACUACAAUGACCAGACAGCCGAUCCAUCCGCCACACCCGUCAUCCGAUCCAACAAGCGCAACGUCCCCCGAGCUGACAGCGACGACGACGAGCCUGCCGACUCGAGCGUGCUCGGCGCCAAGUUCGGCCACGAUCGUACCAACUUCACACUCGCUCCGAAGGCCAAGGCUGCAAAGACGAGCAAGAUCAGCGCACAACCAGCUGCUGCACAGGAUAGACAGAAGAAGAAGCGCAAGCUGCUGGGUGGUGGUGGAGCAAUGCAGUGGGGUGGAGCUACGGGAGCUGCAAACGAUGCUGCUGGACUGGCACCCAACUUCGACAUCCCUUUAGAGCUCAGCCCUAUAAAGGGAGGUGCAGCUGAAGGAAAAGGAGGAGCAGGAGCAGCUCUACUUGCUGGACUUGGAAUGCCGACUCGUAAUCUUUUUGUGUGA